GCUGCUCGCUCUGCCCCGGCGCCCGCCUGCCUCCCUCCUCUCGCCGCCUCGCCGCAGCCCGGGCUCCGCCGAGUCAAAGCGCGGAUCAGGUUCCCUGCCUCCAGUAUAAAAAUCUCGGCGAGAAACCUCCGGCGGGAGAGAGAGACGGGGCGCGGGCGGAGCGGGGCGAGCCCGUCCGUGGGGAAGCGAAGGGACGCGCGGCGGCCGCACCAGCCGCUGCUCACCGGGGACGGUCGCUGCUCGCCCCUUUCAGCUGCGCGAGAAGAGCUUUUGGACGCCCGAAAAUGCAACAGCAACAACACCAACGUCGGAUGUUCACAGCUGCCCUCCUGGCACUUGUUUUCAUUCUGGCAGCUGUGAGUACCACUGAGGCCGGCAAAAAAGAGAAACCAGAGAAAAAGGCGAAGAAGUCUGACUGUGGGGAAUGGCAGUGGAGUGUCUGUGUCCCCACCAAUGGUGACUGUGGUCUGGGGACACGUGAGGGCACUCGCACUGGAGCUGAGUGCAAACAAACCACCAAGACUCAGAAGUGUAAGAUUCCCUGCAACUGGAAGAAGCAAUUUGGAGCGGAGUGCAAAUACCAGUUCCAGGCCUGGGGAGAAUGUGACUUGAAUACCGCCCUGAAGACUCGAACUGGAAACCUAAAGAGAGCCCUUCACAAUGCUGACUGCCAGAAGACUGUCACAAUCUCAAAGCCCUGUGGGAAGCUUACCAAACCCAAACCUCAAGAAUCCAAGAAGAAGAAAAAGGAAGGCAAGAAACAAGAGAAGAUGCUGGAUUAAUGGAGUCAACUUGGGCAAUUUGAGAAAGGGACAUCAGCAAACAUGAUCAGUUAACAGUUUCAUUUAUACCUAGGCAUUUUAUCCUAAAACUAUUUAUAGCUUAAUGGUACCAUAGAAGGAAACAAGCAAACACAGAAAAAAAAAUCUUUUUUUUAUUACUUUAGUAUUUUUAAUGUAUAAUCCUAACAACAACUUUUAGAGGCCUGUAAUAAAGACUCCAAACUCAUUUAGAAAAUUAUUUCUAUUGUAUAUUGAACAAUGUAGACCUUUUCAAAAUAUUUUUUUUCUCAAGUCUUGCCAUAGGUCUCAAUCUGGUAACUAGUCCAUGCAAGCAGAACCUGAGCCCGUGUGGAGCUCUGCUGAAGCCAGUAUGAAUGUAGGACUCUGGCUGGAUGCAUCUAUAUUUAAGAUUGGGACCUUAUAUCUAAAAAAACCUGAGGCUUGUUUCUUAAUUUCUGAUUACAUCUGGAUAACUCCGUGAAAUUGUUUGUUUAAGGGAAGGAUGGGGGCAUUUUGUUUAGUAUUUACAAAUACAAAAUUUUCUUGGAUUUGUGGUGAAUGUUCAUUCCAAGAUGUCACCAUUUGCUGAUAAAACCCAGUAACACUCCUUUUCUUGGCCAUAUUUUGGAUGUUGGCAGUAAAUCUGAAAUCUUUCAAUGGCUGGACAUAGAAGAGUCCUAAUUUUUCAUGAUUUUCUAGCAAUGAUUUUUCCAAGUGGAAUAAUAGCAAAACUUUCAAUUUUUUAACAUAUCAGUGUUGAGGUAGUGUCCUCUGUUUUACCUAUAAAAGCUGAAAAAUGCUUUAUUUUAUGUGUUUAUUUUGCCAGAAGGGAGAAUAACCUUUUCAUAAAAGAUCUAGUUGAAAUUGUUGUGAUUCUACCUGACCCAGCUCCCUUUUUUAUCAGUGGCAAUCUUCCUGUUUAUUUUAAUUAUAGCUGGUUGAAAAAUAGUAUGUCUGGUGGGAAAUAACAGAAGAAAUCUGUUUAGAAACUGCCAGGGGUAGUUCAUACUUUUGAUCAAAAAGGGACAAUUUGUGGGACUUGAAACAAAUAGGAAUGGAAUGAAUUUUUGUUUCUCUGUUAGUAAAACAGAAAGGAAAUACAAAAGCAAUAUCUUUUGCUUUCUUUCAUUUUUACAUAAGCAAAAAGACCUUGGAAAAAUUCAGUCAACAUAACAAUAGUUGGGAUUUUUUAUUAAAUAGUCUUCCGGGGGGGGGGGGGGGGGGGAGAAAAAUUAUAACCAGCUGGUUUUCAGUUUGCUCAAUUUUACUUAAUCUAAAUGAUUUUGAGUCCUGAGAAAAGUCA